AUGGGCGGUGGAAAGCAUCACUCCUCCGCCGCCUCCACCUCCGGGAAGAAGAGUAGGCCCUCUCCCAGUCCCCCCUUCACCGUAGAGGACCUCACGCCUGUCCUCUCCCUCCUCGCCUCCGCCGUCUCCCUCUCCCUCCGCUUCCUCUCCGACUCCGACCUCCUCCUCCUCCCCUCCCAAACCCUGUCCCUCGAAUCCUCCCUCUUCUCCGCCUCCUUCUCCCUCUCUCGCCUACUCUCCCUCCUUCCCUCCAGUUCCCUCCAAUCCCUCGAAACCCUAACCCUAGAGCCCUCUCCUUCAUCUUCUUCCUUCUCUUCUUCUUGGUUCCUUCGCUUCCUCUCCUCCUCCUCCUCCCAUGGCUUUGAUCCUCGCUGGAUCGAAGUUUUUCGCAUGUCCAAGCCUUCUUUCUACCUCCUCCUCCAGCAUCUCUCCCCAUCCUCGGUGGCUUCGCUCGGUUCUCUGUUAAGGGAGAGUUGA